AUGGCGUCUGCCCACACCCCCGCCUCCCUUCAUCUCAAACACCAUCCUACCAGCCCCGCCAAGCCCGAGCGGCAGCCCCAUGGCACAACAUCCUCGGCUCCGGCCUCGUCGGACGAGUUCAUCCGGUUCGCAGCGACGAUGCGCCUACCCCUAGCUCCCGUUUGGAGUGCCGAUGGAGCGGCUGGCGGGGAGACGGGGUCGGGCGGUACUGAAGGUGUAAGACAGGUACUAGCGGGGUGGGUGAUGAGGUACGCCAGCAUUCGGAAGUGUUCUCUGCGGGGUUACCGUAGACAUUAGGGGCUGAUUCCGUCUGUAUGGGCUCGCUCGGCUCCCUUUGGUGGGUGGACUUUAGAUACCUCCCACCAUUACAAUGCGUACUCCUCACUUUUUCCCCAACACCGACCUUCGUACACCCAACAUCAACCUUCCCAUCCCAUGCUUCCCCCUUUCCACCCGUCUCUUCUUCAACUCGAUCAGGCUUGACGCUCACAUCACGUGAGGAAUCGAACGAGGAGGACGAUCUCAAACCGACAAACAAUCUGGAGGAUCAAGAUGAACAAGAAGAGGAGGAGAAAGUCAAGUUCAAGGUGUUGCCCAUGAUCUCGGGGACCGGGUUCGGUUUACCGAUCGUUCAUUUCACCGGGGUUGGAUGGAGGCCUAGGGUGGGGCAAAAGAUUGGUAUGUAGCUCGCAUCGAACUCUUUUAGAGCAAAGAACCCUCUCACUCACCUACCUUGUGUUCACUCCGCUCCCCACCAGUCGGUUCCCCCACCCUAUCGACCCCCUCGCAUGUUUCUCUCCUCCUUCACAACCUCUUCAACGCGACUUUGCCAGCAUCCCACAUCCCUUCGGACGAAUGGCGUUUCGACCCCGAUUACGUCGUCCCGGCUUUCAUCAGGGAUCGACAAAAAAUGGCGUUCCCUACUACGUCGGUUACCAAGGCGGCGAAUGAGGACGCUGAAGAAGCUGAGCGAACCGAGGGAGGAAUCGAGGCUGAUGCUGAGGGCGGGGAGGAAAAGGAAGAAGAGCUUGCGCAGGAGGAAGAAGCUCGGUUGGCGAUGGAAGAGGAUGAGAUGUACGCUGAUCGGGGGUGGUGGGUUAAUGUACGGACGGGGGAACCGAUGGGUGGGGAGAAAGGGAGCGUUGAGUUUACGAUUGUUAGGUGAGGGGUUCGCGCGACCGCGGGUUCGACUGGGUUAAAAGGGGUGGGCGCUGAUUCUCGUUUCUUUCGUUUGUUGGAUGCGUGACCAGUUUAACGAUCGCCAACUCGAUGAUCACCAUCACCGGAUCGCUUCUAUCUUCCCCUUUCUCCUCCAAAGUACCCCCUCAGAACCCCAUCAUCGCGACCUAUCGAUCCGGCCUCUCCAACGCGGCGGACGUGAUGCGUCGUCAUACGACGGAGGAACAUAACAGGAAGAGGAAGGAGAUGGCCAAAGAAUUGGGCGAGGAUGAUGACGAGUCCCAGAGUGAGAGUGAUAGUGAGGCGGAGGACGGAAGGAGGGGUGAGAGGGCCGUUAGUAUGAGUCCGGUGGAUCAGGUGCCGAGGGUCAAGGAAGAGGGAGUGGCGGGAAGAGUGCAGGAGGAGCGGAAGGAAAAGACGGAGAAGAAGGACAAGAAAGGGAAGAAAGAGAAGAAAGAGAAGAAGGACAAGGAGGAAGCGUCCAAGAAGGAGAAGAAGAAGAGAAAGAAGGAAGAGUAG